AAUCAAAAGUAUGGGUCGCAGACGCCUAGUGCGACCCAGGUCUGUCUCCUUUCUUGGGGUUAUAUUUACGGCCACGGGUUGAAGUACUUGGAUGAAAAGGACGACGGAGGAGGAGAAGGAUGGCUCCGGAGGAAGGAGAGAGAGAUGAAAUGGAUUCUCUAUUCGAAGGGAUGGUUCUGAUUGACCCUUCCCUGAGGGUCGAUGGUGAUGGUGGUGGUGGUGGUGGUGAUGCUGGCGAUGAUAAGCUGCAGGAACAACAGCAACCCGUCUCCCUCUCCCCCCGCACUUGUCGUAGUACUUCUUCAUCGCCUGCACGGGCUGCAUCUCAUCCCCUUGACGAAAACCUAUUCACUGAUCUCGCUCUCGUCAAUCCUGACUCCAAAGACCCAUUAAUCCUUCAACUUCCUCCACAUUCUGAGACUGAGACUUGUGAUGCUAGCACUUCUACGACGACGACGAGUAAUAGGGAGGAGGUUCCUCCCUCAUUACUGUCUCGACAGAUUUCCACCAGAAAGAAGAAGAGAGCUGGUUUGAGGAUCGGUUACGGCAGAGACGCGCUUUUCCCCGAUGUUCAGCAUAUAGAUGGUCGAUCUUCGGAGUUUGAUCCACCACAACCACCUCCUCCUCUUCCGUCGUCAUCUUUGACUGACGAAUCCGAAUCGGGGAGAUCUGCCCCGCAGCAGCGACGACAAGAACACCAACAGGAAGAACUGGAACUAGAAGAAGCCUCCCUUUCUUUGACUGCGACGACCAAAAUGGAGAGCGAUUAUUCAGAAAACACUGGUGCUAGCGAAGAAGCGGAUCCUUCCCGUUAUAACGCAGCUAAUGUUGCCUCGAGAGAUGAGGAUGAUAGUGCAGUUGCAGAUGCACAACCUACGGCUACGGGUCUAUCCAAGGAUCAAGUGAAAACCAGCGCUCCAAAUGCAAUUGAGUUGAGGUAUGAGCAAAUUAGGGCUCAGAUCUCUCAGAAGCUCAGGCAUGUUAGGGAGCUAGUCGCUUCUGCCUCUGCUGCACGGAAGGAUUCCAGGAGGAGGAGGAGAAUAGAUGCCGAGACUCUAAAUAUUGCAUCCACGAGGUACAGAGAACUUGAGAAGGAGCUGGAGGCAGCGUGCGAGGCUGAAGAUUUCGAAACCGCGGAGAGUGUUAGUGAGAGCCUUGCUUCUGCAGAGAAGGAUAAGGAACGCUUGGCCAUUGACCUCCGGCAUGCCGAAGAGGAUUGUGAUGCUGUUGAUUCUAGGAUGCAUGAGGUUCUGGAGUUGCAAAUUGAUGCUGAAGAGGAAUGUUCGUCAUUGUUGAAAACCUUCGCCAUGGAUACUGCAAAUGACGUGGACCUAGUCCAAAAAAACGCACAGGUAGCAUCUGAAAAAGAGCUGGACAGAUGGUUUUCACUUACCGAAGAUUUAGAGUUGAAGAAGAUGGAACUGGAUAUUGAAGCACACUUAGUAAGUGCUGCGCGAUUGGUGUUGAGUGAUUCCAUUGAACAUUCAGUUGAGGAUGAUAAGAGAGAAAGAGCACUUCUUUGUAAGAGAAAAGAAAUGUUGAAGGAGGAAUUGGAGAAACUACUUGCUUUAGUGAAAAAGAAGGAAAUGGAGAUAGCAGAAACUGAUUACAAGGUUGAAAUGGUUGAAAAAAGGAUUUCUGAUGUGAUCUGUAGCUUUCAGGAGGUGCAGUCAAGGGUGGAUAUGAAGUAUGAUAACCUGCAAUCAGGCCUUUCUCAGAUGGAGCAGGAUAAUGAAGCUUUAGCUAGAAAAAAGAAGGAAAUUGAUUUUUUCCUUUCUCAGGAGAAAGAGAGGGGCAUUAGGCUUCAUGAACUUGCCCAGAUCUCUGCAGAUGAAUCAAAUAUGUACCAGGAAGCUGUUGAGCAUCGAAAGAAUCUAGUUCUGUUGAUUUUGAACUCCAGGGAAGAUAAACUGAGGCUUGCCAAGACUGAGGACAAACUUUCGGAAGAUGUUCAAAUGCUCAGACAAGAGAUUUCAGCCGCAAGAGCUUCUCUUCAGGAAUUAUCUUCAACCAAAUCAAGCCUCCAGCAGGAAAUUGAAUCCUUGAAGCAGAGACUUGUCUUUACAGACAAAAGAGUGCCAGAGCUGGAAGCAGAAAAGAAAGUUGCUGCUGCUGCUAGAAAUUUCAAGGAAGCAGCACGGAUAGCUACUGAAUGCAAGACGCUAAGUGUUGAAAAAGAAAGCCUACAGACAAAAAUGGCGGGGGCUGUCCUCGAGCUUCGGAAGCUUGAGGAAGAGAUUUGUCACACUGUUAACAGGCUGCAAGAAAUAGACGGACAGAUUUCAACCAAGGAAAAAGAGGUGGCAAUGGCUAGAUUCCAGAGACUAAUUCUAAUCGCUGGCACUGCCAAAGCUGAAAGAUCAGCUGCUCUGGAAUUAGGUGAUCCUAAAGAAGCUGACAUUCUACUUACAGAGGCAGAAGCUUCAGAAUCUGAAGCGAGGAAACUUCAGCCAAUUUACGAAUUCAAGGAAGAAGAGUUUGCUGAUCUACCAAAACAGUACAUCUCCAUGGAACUUGUAUCCAGCCUUGGCGGUAAGCAGUUGGCAGAAUUGGUAGCAUCUGCUUAUACACCUACAUAGUGGUUACCACGCUUAUGGGAAAUUGGCUUACAUUUUCGAGUUUUCAGUCAUCUUCCUUAAAUUCUGUGGUGAGUAGAAGCCACUUGAGAAGCAUCGUCCCAAGUACGAAGCUGAACUUCUAAUGUCAACGAACCCUGUAAAAUAAAAAUUUAAAAUAAAGCAAGUUUUGUGGUAAAGUCUUUUACAUGAGAAACCGCUUCCCUGUUCGAUUUUUUCCCAACAUGGAUGGAGCCUAAAGUGGAGCUUUAUUGAAUUCAAAAUUGCCCGAGAGAUUCAGUAAUUCGAUCGAAAAUCUGACAUUAUGUGGCUUGACUUGAACUAGGUGUUUCAUCUGUAGUGCUUAAGUAGUUAAGUGUAUGUAAUGAUAAACAAUUUUUGAUUGUUUACUGGAUUUUCAUCCCCCGUGGAAUUUAUUGAUUUAAAGUUGCUUCGUACGAAAAA